GUCACCUUGGCUGGUGCAACACACGCGGGCAAGAUGUAUGAAGGUAAUUUUGUGUACACACCCGUCAGUCGUUCUACAGGUGUUACGAUCACAUCAUAAUACACGUGAAGUCUACGCGGAUGAGUUUUUUUCACCUAGCUGUGUCAGCCGUCUCGUAUGUAGGCCUACGCGCCACAGUUUUUGUCGAUUUUUUUUUCUUUCAAUUGAUGGAGCGCACAAUUCAUUGAGCUGACCUCAUUUCGAUGAAGUAUUGCUACAACUUUUGGGAGGAAAGGAUUACGUGCUGAAUAAGGAUAAUCCAGUCUGCAGGGAUUUCUCUGUUUCUGGGUCGGUCGGUUGGAGAGCCGUCUCGCGAUGCAGUUAGCUCAAGAGAGCAUGCUAUGCCUUCUAUGUUGUGUCGUGUCACUUGCUCGUGGAGCAUUUGGUGAGACUUCGUUGGAAUCGCCCAAGUUCUGUUUUUCAAACAUCAAAGACGAACUCUGCACUGAGGAAGACUGUACAAGGACGAGCGAGCAGCCGUGUUACCAUGGCACCUGCUCAGAUACCGGGGCCUGCGUCUGUCUGCCUUGUUGGCGAGGUCCAUUGUGCAACGAAGCAGGCAACGAACACGCGCCAGUUUUUACUCAGCAUUCUUACGAGGAGUACAUCUCGCCCGACGAGCCGAAGGAGUAUCCUUUCAUGUACCUCCGCGCGACUGACAAAGACGAAACGACUUGUGCAGCGUCUAAGACGAAUUGCCCAUGCUCAGAGGUGCGCUACUCAUUGGACGACGAAGACAGGAGCGGCAAAUCACCAACGUUCGCGAUCGAUUCCAAGACGGGCGGCGUCAGUGUGGCGGCGCAGGCCACAUUGACACCCAACAGCAAGCACAGGUUAAAGGUGUAUGCUAGAAAUGCGGCAGACGACGGUGUGUAUGGGACGGCACCAGUUGUGAUUGUUGUCAGCGACGUGCUCCUCAGGGGAAGUGAGCAGACAGUUAAACUCAGGAGGUUGCAGUCUAUGCCGGAGAUUUCCGUUCUUGACAGCAACCACACCCUGGACAUCAGCUUUGUACCCGCAACAGAGUUUGCGGGAGUAGGGGCCCUGACAGUGGGAUCCCGGGUGGACUGCGUGCUGACCAUUGACAUCCCAGAGUCUAUGAUGGUGCAGGGCGUCAGCGUCGAGAUCUUCACCGACGACGAGAACAACACCCUGUCGGUCUUGUGCCCUCCUACGGUCAACCAAGGGGCAGAGCUCGAAAUAACUGAUUCCAUCCAGCCAAAGACAUCUGGCGUCCAGCAAAAAGAGAACCCUUUCUGGCUCGACACUGCGAUCUACAGCUUUGGCAACGUGACCAACCUUAACACCUCGACCAGCGCCAACGCUUCAAAGAUUAUCAUUACGUUCUCCAUCACCUUGAAGGAAGACAUGGCAUUGGCUAACGACGAAAGGUACUGGGUCAGUGCUGGCGUGGAGUACAACGGAGGAGAAAAGUUGUGGAUUGGUCAGAUCGGUUUCCUUAUCGACCAAGUGCCCCAGUACGCAGCGGAUACAAACCUCACAAUUUCAGGUGUUGCAGUGUUCCACAAACGUGAAGUAGAGGUAUUCAGUGUUGAUUUGAAUGUCUACAGAAGUGUAGCCAACCUCACCGUUCGGGCAACUGCCCAUACGAACAUUAAAGAGCACCUGCUGAUUUGUGAGUUGCAGCUCUGCAACACGGGUACUGGAUUCUGCCUCGACGUCAACAAAGACUUGGCGACCUUCCAGGUUGACGUGGUAACUCAGAAUGCCUACGAAUCUGUCUUUGGUUUCGGGCAUAUCAUCAAUGGAGGUGAAGCCAACAGCACAGCCGAUAGCAGGAUCGCCAUGGACGUGGUGGCUUACCUGAGAGACAACAGUGGGUUGGCUGCUGAAUCUUCCUCUACCUUGGAGGCUUCUGCCAAUGACGGUGUGCAGGAUCUCACGGACACUGUAUCAUUCACUGUCAAGGCUGGGCGUUCCUAUAUCACGCCGACAAAAGUGGUUAAUGUGAAUGUCAGUAUUGUCGGCGGCGACACUGAGCUCAUUCCGGGCGAGUGCGCCAAGGUCCGGGUGUCCAUCAUCAUUCCGUAUUCCACGUCUGUCAGUCCCGUGUCCGUCAAACUGGCUGUCAACGCAAAAUUCCAGAUAGCUGCUGUUCGUGUCAACCAUAUUGGUAAUGAUAUCAGUUGUCUGAUCCAGCGUAGGGACGACAUUGAAAAAGCUGUCGUCUACGAAGCAGGACCAGCCGCCACCAUCGACCUGAAAGGGGUAGCCAAUACAGGCGGCGAAGGCACGACCGACGACGUGAACAACGUAAUCGGCGUGGACUUUGUGGUAAAGUCGACCGUGACUGAUCUGGGAGCACACGGAAACUCUCACACCAUUAAUGUGAAAUUCAACCAUGCCGGAAAAUUAGAACAGACUUAUAACAGUCUUUCUGUCACCACGACAACCAACCCUGCCAGCAUCACGUACCCUACGGUGCCAGCGGGCGAUCCUAAUCCCUUCAGCAGUACCUUCGACCUCAAAGACGCCUCUGACCCGCCGGAGAUCGCUCCCGGGGAGUUUAUCGUCCUGGCUAUCCGGCUGGUCAUUCAGCCAGAUGCCCAGUACCGGUUCGGGGUCACAGGCCUGGUCAAUACCACUGGAGUCACCACACUGGACAUGAGGGUGAUAUCUGUGGGUAGCAACAUUGCGGGCGGUCUAUUGGUCGAUCCGGUGGCCACGUACACAUCGUGGGAGGGAGGAUCCGACAGGGACUACGCAGAACUAGACUUGGGAAUGGUGUACAACUUUGCGCGUCCGGGGAGCCCGACUACUGACGAUGACGCUCUGGUGAUCCAACUCAUCGUGCGGGUGUCGGAGGACGUCCCCGAUUCGACCGUCCCCGUGGCCGCGUCUGUGCUGGUCGGUGCAACGCGUCUCUGGGUGUCCGAGGGAAAUAUCACCGUUGCAACCAGUGUAGCCAAAGCGCCUAUCCUAACCACCAACAACACCCUCAGUCCCGCUCCAACCUACUCGACUGAAGUCACUGCGGGAUCUGAGACCAAGGUGCUUCACACCCUGGUCAUACCUGCCAACAUCUCUUCCAAGUACGUGGUGAAUUACACCACGUCGGUAGCCUGGCUUCAAGUCACCAGCAUCAACGUGACAUCUGUGGGUCUGAACCUGCUUUGCACACAAGAGGGCCUGCUGUCGCCGAUUUUUGGGAAUUCUGACUCUGAGACGUAUGCCGUUGUCGAUCUCGGUUACGUGUGCAACCCUCCCAUUGGCAAUGCAACCGAAGAAAACAGCAAGCUGGUCCUGGAGCUGACGGUUAGCACAAUGAACAGUAGCGAAGUGGAGAUUGGCUUGACAGCUGCUUUGUCGGCUAAUGUGGAAGUUUCCAACGCCCUUGGUAACUCUGAGAGAGAGACCCAGGCCAUGUUCUUCCAAGUUGAAUUACCAAAGUCAACUUUCAAACUGUGCUGCCCCGAGUCGGCCCACUUCAUGCACCCAGGGGAAAUAGAGCGCUGUAAUAUUACCAUGACGAUUCUGGACGACUCGCUCACCGUCCUACUGGAACUGGACACGCCCUUCAACGAUACUGCCAGCAUGACGCUGAGUAAUGUGGAGGUCGGGACAGGAGGUUACAACCUCGUUUUCGAGGCGCCCGACGUCGUGCUGACGUCGACUGGGAACACCUCACAAAACAACGUUGCAAAGCUGGACUUUGGUAGAAUCACUAACACAGGAGCACACACGGCCGAAGCUGGCAACCUGGAGGACGGCGACAAUGACAUUGUCGUAUACAUCGACGUGCAGAUGGCCGACGGGGAACAAAACGUUAACGCUUCCUACCACGCCCUGGGUAGCGGGGUUAGCGUGAGCAGUGGCGCAGUGGUGUGGGUGGCAUACUACAAGUUGGCCGUACUGCGAGACGGCACAGAAAAACCCGCCCUGAACGUCUCGUUCAACCACAACGGAACAGCGCAAACAUACUCUCUUGGGGACAAGGUCUGGUACAAGAUGGAGGUGAGCCAUGCAAUUGACUCCAACGCCGAAGCAGUCAAUGUCAAAGGUCACGUCUUCUUGCCGCCCUACAUCCAGUUUGACAGCAUGGCGCUGAACCUCGAACUAAGCGACAAGCUGCAAGGCGUCAGCCACUGGAAUGAUAACACCGGAUUCUACUUCACGGUACCGCGGAUGUUCUUCAGCGACCGUCUUGCAUUGACCCUUGAGACCAGCAUUAAGACUAAUUACCGCUACAAGCUGACCAAAAACUGGAAAGGAACCACACCAAUUGAGGUCAUAUAUUUCAUGACAAACUACGAUACCAACUUCUACACCGACGGUCAAUACUUCAGCGAGCCAAUGGGGUAUACAACUUUUGACUUCACGGUGCCCUACCCUGAUAUCCCAGGCCAAACCUUAUCACCUUCCUGUGGCAAUCCCCAAGCCCUAGGAAUGCAGGAUGGUACCAUACAAGACUGCCAGAUCACUGCAUCAUUCUCACCAGAGCCAAACGCCGCAGCACAACAUGCGAGGCUAAAUGGGGCUUCUGCUUGGAAGACGCUGGCCAGGGCAGGCCCCUUCCUGUACGAUCGCUGGAUCAAGAUUGACCUGGGCAAGAAGGCAUACCUGACAGGUGUUCAAACCCAAGGGGGAAGCAGUGCCGCUGCCAACGGUGAUAUUGGGGAAUUUGAGAUCCUCUACAGCCUGGAUGAUACGCUGUACAAGGCAGCAACCCCCUCAGACAACAAAGCGUUUGACCACCAGAGGGAUUCCCCUGCCAACCAUGACACGGUGGUGACUCACACCCUAAUGGUGCCCGUGGAGGCUCGCUAUGUCAUCCUGAACUUGACUGCCUACGACUACAGGAGCCAGAGUCAGUGGUACAAUGCCCUCAGGCUUGAGCUGAUGGGUUGCGUGAGUGGCCAGGCGGCAGCUGACACCUGCCCAACACCCGCUACCAAUCAGGUUGGCGACAUGUACGAGCGAGGGUUCCUGGUUGACACCAACAGUGACACCCUGUUUGUCUGUGACACUGUCACCCACGGCAAGAGUGGAGUGCGUAAGGAGAUCCAGGCAUCUGUCUACGCCUUCCUGUGGAAGAAACCUGAUAUGCAGUGCUUCAUGAUGAUAUAUGCUGAAAAGCAGUGGACUGGUCUAGAUCCCCGACUGCGCAACAUCAUUGGCUUUUUGCCCAGCACUGGGAGGCUGUACGGCAUCCUGGGCAAUUCCCCUGACUCCUAUGCAGCCAGCAACAAGCCCUACAGCAACUGGUACCUGAUUGAAAGAAGCACCUAUGACACAGCGGCAGCAAGCGAUGACUUCGUGACCAGCAUAGCCGUGCCUUUCGCGUCUGAGACGGGGUUUAGUUAUUCCGAGUCUGACAAUUAUGCUACCUCUAAAUAUGCAAUCAGCGAGUGGAAAGCGACUAUGAAUGGAAUCUACAAGGGUGCGGAGAAGGUCCUGGAUUGGAAUGAAUGUUGCCAGCCAACCUGCGCGGCUAGCGGUGGACCAGAUGACUGCUCUUAAAACUUGUACAUCUAAGUAACAGACGACAAAUUGAUAUCAAUAGGGUAGGUAUAGCGAACUUUUUGACUUUUUGUCAAAUUUGACUUUUAUCCCUCCUCAAUUUGUAAUGUCAAAGAGAUUGUUGUUUGAUGGAAGACUUACCAUUAUAACUGUACCAUUAUAUAUGAAAGAAUUCAUUGUUCAAAUCAAUUCUGUGGGGAUUUUGCAUGAUACCUAAAGGAAAAAUGGCACAAUGUUUGACACUACAGAUUAACUUUACUUCUGUGUUUCACAGUGCUGUAUGUCAUGUAAAGUUGCUAAUAAACUAGAAGUACGCAUGUACAUUUCUUUAUGUUAAUGAUUCUAAAGCUAUUGUUUAGAAAACAGGAAGAAAAAUGCCAUUAGAGACUUAUUUUCUUGAGUAGAUUUGUUACAGAAAUGUUUGAUUUACAGCUGCGUGAAUAGAGGAAUGCCAAAAUAGUAUAUGCACCAUACAAAAUGGUUAAUGCGUUGUAAAAUUACGUAGAAGAGAAGCUUUUAUCACAUGAAAAAUGCAAAUUUUAUCUACAGUUUUGAAAGUUAUAAUGUGCCAAGACGAUCUCAUUAAAAUUGCCUUAUAUGUAGAUUAGUAGACGACAAAAAACUUAUACAAAUGCUAAUAAUUUGAAACUAUUUUUGAAAAGUAACUGAACUCAUCAGGUUGGGAUAUAUAACAAUGACACAGUUUUUCUGAGUAGCAUUUUCCUUAGGAAGUGAACUGUGAAAAAAAAAAAGUGGUGAAUAAGAUGAAUAGCUUCAGUAAUUAAUAACGUCGUUUGUAGUCCGUCUACUUGUCAGGUUAGAAUUAUUUCAGAUGUACUAAGGCACUGGUAACGCCACUUAUCAACUCAUAGAAAAAUGCUCAAGACAGAAUAAUGACCAUGAAAAGACUGAUCGUUCCCGGGAUCGGUAAGUCACUUGACCCAUACAGGGUGUAUCGGAAAAAAGAAGACUCUCCGAAAAAGUUACCAUACUGUGGAAAUAACACAGGACCCAGUUUCAAAAAUCUGGAUGUGCCCAUUGGUGAAGGGUGUAGCUCUGCCUUUGAUUGAUACCAGUUUCAUGGUUCACAUUUCAAUGAGCAGGAAGUUUGAAUUUUGGCAAAUCAAAUUUUGUUGUGCAUGGGUGUAUGAGGGUUAAAAAGACACCUGCUGGAUUGAAUAAACAGAUUAAAAACGAGUUUUCCUUGCACACCAAAUUUGAAAAAAUUAACCCAUUAACCCUCUACAAUCGACACCAAAAUCUCAUAUCUGGGUGUAUCGUCACCAAGCAGAAAGGGACAAACAUAGCAUACCGGUACAUUUCUCGAUGAAUUUUAAAGCCUCAAAUACCCGUGCCCAACAAACUUUUGAUUUCCAAAAUUUAAACUUUGUGUGCUCAUUGAAGCACGAAAUGUGAACCACGAAAUGUGAAACUGGGUGCACAUUAUUUUGUGGGAGGUUUUUCUCAUACACCCCUGUAGUGGGUAGCAAACGUCACCAAACAUGACAUCCUGCCAUAGAUUAGUAUGUCCUAACUGUCAUUUACCCAAAAAUAAAGCCGAUGGUUGGCAAAGUACUCAGACUACUACCCAUAAUCAGCUUUCUUUUUAGUAGAUAACACCCAAAACACACUUUGCUAUGGUAGGACACCAUGCUUGUUGAUGUCUAAUACCCGCUGUAGGUCAUGUGGGCACAACUGGUCUAUUAAAACCCCUUCAUACCGGGAGCCAUCCACAGCCGUGGCUUUGUGUGAGGAUUAGUGAAUACGACACACAUAUUCUAUUCACCAUGCAGCUGCUGGUUCAAUGUGGGCCUGCUGCUGGACAAAGCUUUGCCUACUGGGCAUACCACAGCCCAGCAGCCACGGCCAAAAGAAUCCCAGUGUGAAAGGGUUAAUGCAUUUAAAUGUAAAAUAUAUAUUGUAUAUGUACAAUGCAUCAGUGACUUUUAAAAAGUGAAGUGCCUUAGUAUCUUCAGACCACGAGUAUGUGCAUCAAAUUAACUUCUUGCAACCUAACAAUCGACAGACAAAUUUGUUGGGCCCAGACAACAAGCAGUGUACACGAGCAUUUGACCUUCACUGAAAUAGAGCCCACAUACAAUACGAACAAGUUGGGCAUCUCGGUGUUGGAAGUCUCCCUCUUCUCAAUCAACUGUUAAUGACAUUUGCUCAGGAAUGCCUAUUACUGUAAACUGUUUGCCCAACCAGUAUCAGUGAAUGGAGGUACGCUUUGAGUACAAAAUCAACAGGAGUCGCCACAUACUUGACAAAAAAUGCAAGCUGGAAUCAAUACGUUUCGGGAAAAUCUCGAGAUGAGAUGACGUCAUUAAAUUGGCAGAGUAUUCUUCGACCCAA